AUGGCCAAACCCAAAGGUGCGGCCGCCAGUGGCCACAUAGCAGAUCGCGUGGCACCGCGCACACUGAUCUUCGACAAUGGUGCACACACAAUCAAAGCCGGUUUUUGMACGCCAGAAAAGGAACCCAAUCUUGAUGACUGCCAUCUAGUCGCAAAUUGCAUUGCGCGUUCCCAGCGCGACAAACUCACUUAUAUUGGAGCGGAACUGGACGACUGCGGCGACUUUGGCGAAUUGCAAAUUCGAAGACCUGUAGAGCGAGGCUACGUUGUCAAUUGGGAGAGCGAGAAGGCGAUAUGGGAGCGAACAAUCUUCAAUCCGAAAAGUGCCCUCCAAUGUGAGCCUCAUUCGACGAAUCUGAUCCUGACGGAGGCACCGAGCGCUCCAAGCGCGCUGCAGAGAAUUGCCGACGAAAUGGUGUUCGAGGAGUUUGAAUUUGCGAGUCUCUAUAGAACGACAGCGCCUUCGAUGAAUGCUUAUGCGCCAUCACCGUUUCCUUCAACCAUCAUUCAGCCGCAGCCCGGUACACCUCUUGAAUGCAGCUUUGUCGUUGACGCGGGUCAUUCGCAUACGACUGUGACUCCACUCUACCACGGCCGGACCAUUCACCCAGCUUGUCGGAGACUAGAGAUUGGCGGCAAGACUUUGACCAACCACUUACGAAAUCAAUUAAGUCGAACGAUGGACAUGAGCCGAGAAGACUGGAUUUCGCAAGAGAUCAAAGAAGACGUCUGCUACAUCGUCAAAGACUCCACGGACUUCGGCUCUACCCUCGAACGUGUCUGGAAAGGCGGUCAAAAGGAUCCAAGGACCAUUGAUGCGAGCAUUGUUGUCGACUACGUCUUGCCAGACUAUGAACAGUUGAAACGCGGCUUCGCGCGACCUCACGAUCCAAGCAAAGGCGCGAGAUUGCGUCGAUUGGGCAUCGGAGGCACUAGCGAGAUGGUGCUGCCGAUAGGAAAUGAGCGUUUCACCGUGCCAGAACUACUCUUCACACCUAGCGAUAUCGGGAUGCAGCAAGAGGGUGUUGCUGGGACCAUCAUCCAGAGUCUCCAAGCUCUGCCAAAGGGGCUGUGGCAAGCGUUCCUUGCGAACAUUAUCGUUGUGGGCGGAACAAGCAAGCUGCCCGGAUUUGUGGAGCGUCUAGAGGCCGAUUUGCGAAGCUUGGUCGAUGACACAUAUCUUGUGCGUGUCGCACAGGCUGAGGAUCCGCUGAAGAAUAUCUGGCUUGGAGCGGCCAGAAUGACACAGAACGAGGAAUUACUCAAGUCUCUGGUGGUGACGAGGGCAGAAUACUUCGAGCAUGGAGAUCUAUGGACGAGGCGUCGGUUCGCUGGUAAGGUUGGCCGCUGA